UUUGACACCAAAGGGUUAAUUAAUUAGCACUGGAGGCGUGCGAGUCUCGUGCCAGCAGCGAAGCCAAUGACUUUAUUCGCAACAAUCGACGCCGCGACUCGCAAAUAUGGCAGCCGAGUUGCGAACGCAACGUAGCUGGUCACGCAAAUCGGACUGUCACCGCCGAUUGGGACCCGAAUCGGCGGCACCGCGGCGCCGAGAGGCAACCAGAGCCGGCUGUGCCUCAAAAUCGCACUCAGAAGGAGUCCUAGAUAAUUUGUGAACUUACAUUGGAUAUUUUCGACAACACUUUCCCAAUGAUUGGUCGGCAAAUUGUUCACCAAUGGACGGCGAAUCACCAGCCCGACGAUGCUAUGGCCUAGCUGUGUAUUGGUGCUGCCAACUACCACUCCCUGGCCACCGCAGCCUCGGUCGAUGAGACCAAGCUUCUCGUUCGUGCUGCCGUUAUAGCCUCGCACGCACGUCGCUGCAAGUGCCCGCCACCGACGCCAGCGCCACUUCGCCCCUUGCGUUGCAAACCUGGCGGCAGAUAUUCCAGACGAGGUGGUGCGAGGCUAGAACGACUACGAAAGUCGGUGUGUCUUGUUUACAACUUUGACGAUGGAUGUGGUCACAAUUGAUACGGUCCUCAACGCUGACUGCGUGGCCUGGUGUCCUCGACCUGACAGGCAAAACCUGCUGCUCUGCUCCACUUACCAGUUGGUUGACCAAAAGAGAACUGGCUCGUUGCUGCUCUUCGAAACCGCUCCGGAGGUCCACCUGAUACAAACUGUCCUCAACCUGUCUGGGAUUUUCGACUUCAAGUGGUCACCAGCCGGUCAAGAUCUCGUCAUGGUUGCCGCUGUUGAUUCCGAGGGACAGAUCCAUCUAUUCAAACUGGACAUCGAGACCAACCUGCUGCACCUUGUCAGUGCCCUGAAAAUUAGUGACGCUUUUGCCCUUUACGUAGACUGGCUCGACUCAAAACUGGCUGUUAGUUUUGCGGACGGAACCGUUUCAAUAUUUGAAAUUAAUUCAGAUGGUCUAAAUUGUGUGCAAAAUUAUAAAAAUCACUCUUUGGAGGCGUGGACGACGGUUUUUGAUGUGAACGAACCAGAAAUUCUUUACUCGGGAGGAGACGAUUCUGUGAUGAUUUUGUACGACACCAAAUCCGAGUGCGUAAUUAGCAAAAAUAGAUACCACACAGCCGGAGUCACUCAUUUCAUGACUUGCAAACAACAUCCGUAUAAUUUUAUUUCUGGUAGCUACGAUGAAUUAAUUUGCCUUUGGGACAAAAGGCAAACGAGACGACCUGUAAAAGAAUUGGGCUUGGGAGGUGGAGUGUGGAGGAUUCAGUCGGAAAUUGGGGUGCCGACACCAAAAUUAGCCGUGGCCUGCAUGUUCAAGGGUUUUUUAUUUUUGGAAUUGAACUCCGAGGGGUUUAUAAUUGAUAAUAGAUUCCGAAAUGAAGAGGGUUGCCUAGCCUAUGGCGUAGGAUUGGCUCAGGAUAAUCGGGUGGCCAUGUGUACUUUUUACGACCAUUUAUUAAAUGUCAGUAGACGACCCGUAUUUUGAGAUAAAAUAUAUUAAUUAGUUUAAAAGUGCCUUGCAAUUUUUUCUUAGGAAUAAAAAUUCUUCAAAUGUGAUACAUAAUUGUUGUUCCUUAUGAAAAAUUAAUAAAAAUAUAAUAA